AUGCCCACUUCCACUCAGGCUGAUCCAAGUGUAAAGAAAGAUUCUGUGCAUUACUCUAUUGAGCAGCACGAGUACGGCGGUGCUGCCUGUCUUCGUGACCUGUACACAAACAAGGGCUCUGCGUUCAAUGACGAGGAGCGUGAACGCCUUGGCCUGCGUGGCUUGCUGCCCCCCACACAGCAAACUUUGGACCAGCAGGUGGAUCGUAUUUGUCACCAACUGGACACGAAGAAGAGCUCUUUCCAGAAGCACAUUGAGCUCAGCAACCUGCGUCAGCGCAAUGAGCGCCUCUUUUAUGCCUAUGUGCUGAAGAACAUGGUGGAGACACUUCCGCUUGUCUACACCCCGACGGUGGGUGAGGCGUGCCAGAAGUUCUCGAGCAUGUUCCGCCGCCCCGAGGGUCUCACUCUUACUAUUGAGGACAAGGGCUCGAUCAAGAAAUGCGUUGCCAACUGGCCUCGUCCCUCUGACACGCCGCGUGUGGCUGUGAUCACCGACGGCUCGCGUAUUCUCGGUCUCGGUGAUCUUGGCUGGAACGGUAUGGGCAUUUGCAUUGGUAAGCUUUCGCUGUAUGUGGCUGGUGCUGGUGUGCACCCUCAAUCGACAAUCCCGAUUGCGGUCGAUGUUGGUACGGACAAUGAAACCCUGCUCAACGACCCGCUGUACCUGGGUCUGCGCCGCAAGCGUGUGAGCCAGGAGGAGGAGAUUGAGUUGGUCGAUGAGAUCAUGGAAGCGCUGCAUGAACGCUACCCGAACCUGAUUAUCCAGUUCGAGGACUGGAGCAGUGAGAAGGCGUUCCUGUUCCUGGACCGCUACAAGGACAAGUACCCCAUGUUCAACGACGAUAUCCAGGGUACGGGUGCUGUGAUUCUUGGUGGCUUUAUUAAUGCUGCUCGUCUUGCGACGGACAAGACGGGUAAGCCGAUCGAGGACCAGCGCAUUCUUAUGGUCGGCUCGGGCUCGGCCGCGAUUGGUGUAGCGAAGCAGCUGAUGCAGUUCUUCCUGGUGCAUGGCAUGAGCGAAGAGGAGGCCCGUUCACGUAUUUGGACGACGGACACCAAGGGUCUGGUGACGGCGAACCGCGGUGACCAUCUGGCGGAGCACAAGAAGUACUUUGCUCGUACUGACAACGGCGAGGAGCAGCACAAGGAGCUUCUUGACAUUGUCAACUACGUGAAGCCGACUGUCAUCUUUGGUCUCUCGACGGUGCCUGGUACCUUUAGUGAGCCGGUGCUGCGUAAGAUGGCGGAACUGAAUGAGCAUCCGAUUAUCUUUCCGCUGAGCAACCCGACUAGCAAGUCUGAAUGUACAUUCGAGGAAGCUUUGACGUACACGGAUGGCAGGGCGAUCUUCGCUGCGGGUUCACCGUUCCAUCAUAUUGACUAUAAUGGCCGUCGCCGCUUUGCCGAGCAGGGCAACAACUUCUACAUCUUCCCUGGUGUGGGUCUGGCUGGUGCUUUGGUGCGUGCGAAGCACAUUACGGAAGAUGUCAUCACAGAGUCGGCCUUUGCGCUCGCAGAUGCUGUGACGCAGGAAGAGAAGGACGAGCACCGUAUCUACCCGAAAUUGGAGCGUGUGCGUGAAGUGUCGAACUACAUUGCAUUCCGCUGCAUCAAGUCGCUGAACAAGUAUGGUCUCUCGCGUGACGAUGGCUUCACGGCGAAGAUGAGCGACGAAGAGCUCAUGGCCUGGGUUAAGCAAGAGAUGUGGGUCCCCAGCUAUGAUCAUUAA